UGAGUGGAGAUGGGCUACAGAGUGGAGUCCACAUAUAUUUUGACUGGCACACACGUUUUACCCUGUCAUGCCUUCAUCACGGUUCUCCCGUGGCCGUGAAUGCAAGGAUCUUUUUUUUUUAUCAUGUUAAAGAGGUCGAAAGGAUUUCUUUUUGUAUCAGGUUUAGGUGAUUUGGUUUUGGUAGCCUAAUUCUGCAGCAAUAACUCCGGAGGCGCUUUAACUUCCAAGACGCGCUGUGCGUUCCUCUUCCAAAGAUCAACAUGAUGUCUGCCAUAGAUACGGGUACAUCUGUGUACCAACCAGCACAACUACUGAACUGGAUCUAUAUGUCUCUACAAGACUCCCACCAGACCAAUGACUUCGAAGCGUUCAGACCGGAUUCUGAGAGUUCUCCACCGGACGAGAACAACUACAAACAGCGGUCCGCUGCUGCUGUCGACCUGAGCUCUGCGCUCAACUCAAACUAUCUUAACAAUUUCUUGCAACUUCAGAGGAAUGAGGCCUUAAACAACCAUUUGUAUAGAAGGUCCUCUCCUUACGGCUCACUCAGCAACAUUGUAGACGGCCUGAGUUCUCUGACGGACCACUUCUCUGACCUCUCCGUCUCCUCUGAGUCACGCAAACCCAGCAAGCGACCUCCGCCCAACUACCUGUGCCAUCUCUGCUUCAACAAAGGACACUACAUCAAAGACUGCCCGCAGGCUCGGCCGAAAGGGGAAGGCCAGACCCCAUAUCAGGGCAAGAAGAGAUGUUUCGGGGAAUACAAGUGCCCUAAAUGCAAGAGGAAGUGGAUGAGUGGGAACUCCUGGGCCAACAUGGGACAAGAAUGUAUCAAGUGCCACAUCAACGUUUACCCUCACAAGCAGAGACCUCUGGAGAAACCUGAUGGGUUAGAUGUUUCAGACCAGAGCAAGGAGCACCCACAGCACCUGUGUGAAAAAUGCAAGGUCCUCGGGUACUACUGUCGUCGCGUGCAAUAAUAACCUGUCGCUAUCUGGCCGCAAGUUCAUGGAGUUGCCCUCUAGACACUGAUCUUGGGUCAGUUUAGCAUUUUCUACACUAAUGUUUAAGGUCGGGUCUGGGGGAGGGGAAGCUGAUCCUAGAUAUCUACCUACAGUAGGAUAAACUUCACCCCAAAGUCAAGUUCACUUCCCUGGUUCACUUCCCUGGCCUGUAGUUCACUUCCCUGGCCUGUAGUUACCUUCCCUGGCCUUAAGUUGACUUCCCUGGUUCACUUCCCUGGCCUUAAGUUGACUUCCCAGGUUCACUUCCCUGGCCUGUAGUUGACUUCCAAGGUUCACUUCCCUGGCCUUUAGUUGACUUCCCUGGCCCGUAGUUGACCUCCCUGGCCUUUAGUUGACUUCCCUGGCCUUUAGUUGGCUUCCCUGGCCUGUAGUUGACUUCCCUGGUUCACUUCCCUGGCCUUUAGUUGACUUCCCUGGCCUGUAGUUACCUUCCCUGGCCUUAAGUUGACUUCCCUGGUUCACUUCCCUGGCCUGUAGUUGACUCCCCUGGCCUUUAGUUGACUUCCCUGGCCAUUUGUUGACUUCCCUGGCCUGUAGUUGACUUCCCUGGCCUUAAGUUGACUUCCCAGGUUCACUUCCCUGGCCUGUAGUUGUCUUCCCUGGCCUUAAGUUGACUUCCCUGGUUCACUUCCCUGGCCUGUAGUUGACUUCCCUGGCCUUUAGUUGACUUCCCUGGCCUUAAGUUGACUUCCCUGGUUCACUUCCCUGGCCUGUAGUUGACUUCCCUGGCCUGUAGUUGACUUCCCUGGCCUGUAGUUGACUUCCCUGGCCUUAAGUUGACUUCCCUGGUUCACUUCCCUGGCCUGUAGUUCACUUCCCUGGCCUGUAGUUACCUUCCCUGGCCUUAAGUUGACUUCCCUGGUUCACUUCCCUGGCCUUAAGUUGACUUCCCAGGUUCACUUCCCUGGCCUUUAGUUGACUUCCCUGGCCUUUAGUUGACUUCCCUGGCCUUUAGUUGACUUCCCUGGCCUGUAGUUGACCUCCCUGGCCUUUAGUUGACUUCCCUGGCAUUUAGUUGACUUCCCUGGCCUGUAGUUGACUUCCCUGGCCUUAAGUUGACUUCCCUGGUUCACUUCCCUGGCCUUUAGUUGACUUCCCUGGCCUGUAGUUACCUUCCCUGGCCUUAAGAUGACUUCCCUGGUUCACUUCCCUGGCCUGUAGUUGACUCCCCUGGCCUUUAGUUGACUUCCCUGGUUCACUUCCCUGGCCUGUAGUUGACUUCCCUGGUUCACUUCCCUGGCCAUUUGUUGACUUCCCUGGCCUGUAGUUGACUUCCCUGGCCUUAGGUUGACUUCCCUGGUUCGAUUCCCUGGCCUGUAGUUGACUUCCCUGGCCUUAGGUUGACUUCCCUGGUUCGAUUCCCUGGCCUGUAGUUGACUUCCCUGGCCUUUAGGCCUUGACUUCCCUGGCCUGUAGUUGACUUCCCUGGCCUGUAGUUGACUUCCCUGGCCUUGAGUUGACUUCCCUGGCCUUAUGUUGACUUCCCUGGCCUGUAGUUGACUUCCCUAGCCUGUAGUUGACUUCCCUGGCCUUGAGUUGACUUCCCUGGUCUUAUGUUGACUUCCCUGGCCUGUAGUUGACUUCCCUGGCCUGUAGUUGACUUCCCUGGCCUGUAGUUGACUUCCCUGGCCUUUAGUUGACGUCCCUGGCCUUAAGUUGACUUCCCUGGCUUGUAGUUGACUUCCCUGGCCUGUAGUUGACUUCCCUGGCCUGUAGUUGACUUCCCUGGCCUUUAGUUGACGUCCCUGGCCUUAAGUUGACUUCCCUGGCUUGUAGUUGACUUCCCUGGCCUGUAGUUGACUUCCCUGGUCUUUAGUUGACUUCCCUGGUUCACUUCCCUGGCCUGUAGUUGACUUGCCUGGUUCACUUCCCUUUGCCUUAAGUUGACUUAACCCUCCAGUGGUUAAUGAAGAGUUGACGCUCAUCUAAUGUGUUGUGUAUAUCUCAGUAAAAUAGGCCUGAUCAACCGUCAAUACUCUGUUGUUAUUGUUAUUAUGUUUAUAAAAACGUUUUUGACCUGU